AUGAAAGAUUCAUUUAAAGUAACUAAAACACGUCAAAAGUGCAUAAAUUUGACAGAAGCUCAUUUCAAAGAGAUCAUUUCGGAGUUGGAAAAUGCUGCUCAGAUCAUCACAAGUCAGAAAAAUGAGAUAGAAUCUUUGGAGAUGGCAUUAAAUGCCUCCAAAGAUGAGAUAGAGCUUUUACAAAAAAGUGAUAGGGCUUUAAAGAAAGAGAAAAAGAAGCUAGCGAUGGAUAAUCAAAAAAUCUCAAGCGCAUUAAAUAGUGAAAUUGAAACACUUAAAAUGGAAUUACAACAUUCACAAAAACAGGUAGAGGUUUGGAAAGGCCGAACAAAUGAAUCAAAAGCUUCUUUAAGAAAGUUCUUGGAAUCAACAAUAAUGGAUUCUGGUGAAGAUUCGAUUAAUAAUGGAACAUACAUAGAAAGUUAUGAAAGUACAAUAAUGAAUUUAAAGAAUCAAUUGGAUGAACGAUUAUUAAGAGUAGAGCAAUUGGAGAUGAAUUAUCAAAAUGUUAGUUUGGAAAGAGACGAGCUUUCUAGUGAGGUAGCUAAUUUGAGGGCCAAGAAUAAGUCAAAUGAAUAUGAAUUACGUGAAUUAAGAGAGAAACAAAGAAAGGAAGAAAAUGAAAGAAAACGUUUUAGUAUGCGUGAAGAGAAACUAUCUAACGAAAUUGAUAGUUUAUGUAAAAAAUACAACACGGAAAUUGAUGAGCUCCAAAAAAAGAAUAACUUAUUAAAUGAUGAGAUAUGGGAGCUAAAUCGUACUAUUAAGAGUAAUAAUAAUAGCAUUAAGGAAUUACAAGAUCAGAAUUCCAAUAAUAAAAAGUAUUAUGAAUACUACAUUGCAGGUAAAAAAGUAGAAGAUUUUAUUACUAGCAAGAUUUCAGAUUUUGAAUCUUCUGUAAGAGUACAAUUAACGGCUUUAACAAAUUUGGUACAUAAAUUUGAAAAGAAUAGAAUGACAAAAAUGAGUCAUUCAUUUAAGGGACAAAAUCCUGUUUAUACAAGAAAAAAUGCAUUAACAGAGAUUCAAUCAUUUUCCCCUGUUAUCCUAAAUGAUAGCGGAAAGGCAGAUACUUCUGAUAUGGAAGAAAUUAAUCCAGGAAGAAGGAAUCAAGAAAAUUAUUCAUCUACUUUGAGAUUAUUUGAAAACGAUGAUUCUCUGAUAAAUAAUUCAAUAACAAUAGCAACAACUGCAUCUUCUGGAAUAAUUACAGCUAAUAACAGUCAAUGUGUGAGCAAUAACAAUUCAAACUCCCCUUAUAUUAUGCCGAAAUCACAUACAAAGUCUGUAGAUUUGAAUUCUCUUAAAGGUUCAAAUGUUGUCCAACAGAAUGAUUCUAGUAAUAUUGAAAAUUUUUCUUAUCAAGAAUUGACCGAAAACAUUCCCCCAAAUUAUUCAGAAUUAGUAAAGGAAACAAUGAAAGUCUUAACUCAAGCCUCCAAAGAUCACCAAGCUAUUCUAGAGAAGAUUCAGUACCUCUCAGAUAAUAUGGAUGAUGAACAGGUAAUCAAUCAGACUCAAUAUUACCAAAAUAGCAACAAAGGCAUAAAGAGUGAAGAAAUUUUUAAUAAUGAGAGUGCUUACUAUUCAAUUGGUAAUGAAGAAAUUUGUAUUAAUAAAAAACGACCAAUUGAAGAUGACAAUUGUUCAGAAUCUAGUGUAAUUUCAUUUCUAAGUGAGCUUUAA